GAGAGUGAGAAGGAGGGAGGGAAGAGUGACUGCUGGGAAGUUGAAACCUUCUCGAAAGGAGGUGUGACUCAGGCGUCGACGGGUGAACAGAAGCUCUUCCAUGUGUGGAUAGAAAGUGCUCAACUGAUUUAUUACAGCAAGAUUUCAAGAGAGAGCCUGACUGGAAAUCUUAACUUAUAAAAAGUCUGACUGACAAAUGGAAGCCUGACCCGCACGUAUCCAGCUCAACGGAGUGGACUUCAGAUCGAUGUGAUGCUUGGUGCUUGGAUGCCUUGUUUAUUGAUUUAAAGCCAGAUCAGCUGAUUUCAAAUCUGACUGGAAGCCUGACUGAUCAGUUUUAACGAAACAGAAGACUUAGUGAAAUGGUUUAACUGAUGUGACACUUGUCUGGAAAUUUACGCUAAUCACCUAAAUGUUUACCUGUUUGGAAUCCUGAUCAACUGAGGUACAUCUGAUUGGUUGAUUGAUAAUUAAGAAGCACUGUUGGAGUCCUGUCUUUUGCCUGCAUCAGGAUGAGCGGAGCAGGGGACGUGGUGUGUGAAGGGUGGCUGCGAAAGUCGCCACCAGAGAAAAAGCUGAGGCGCUAUGCCUGGAAGAGGCGCUGGUUUGUUCUGCGAAGUGGUCGGCUGAGUGGAGAACCAGACAUCCUGCAGUACUACAAGAACCCGCAGUCCCGCCGGCCGAUCAGAACCAUCAACCUGAAUCUGUGCGAACAGGUGGACGCUGGCCUUUCUUUCACAAAGAAGGAGCUCGAGAGCAGCUUUGUUUUUGACCUCAGGACAGAGGAGAGGAUCUGGUACUUGGUGGCCGAGUCUGAAGAGGACAUGAACCGCUGGGUGACAUCCAUCUGCCUGCUCUGUGGCUUCAACCCGACUGAUGACAUUCCAGAAAGACCUCUUGUCUCCUCCUCCACUUCGACAACAUCCAUGACCCCAGUCAGUGGCACCACCACCUCUACGAUGACAGGGUCAGUCCCGCCACCGUAUCACCCAGUGAGUCUUCAACACCUGGAGCCCGACGGGAACUCAGAGGAGGAUUACCUGUGGUUAUCACAAUGCCAGAGUCACAUCAGGCCUCCUUUAGGUUCCUCCACAUCUCUUGAAACCGAUUACAACGACAACCUCUACCCUGCUCCUUCUGCCACAUCCUCCUCCUCUUCUACUUCCUCCUCUCCUUCCCUCCUUCCCAACAGCCUCCCAAAUCCAUCCUCCUCUUCUUCUUCCUCCUCUGGCUUUAGAGCGGUACCUUGGACGAGCCCUCUCAGCCAGUCUCUCGAUGCCAGCAUGACCCCUGACUCCCAGAAACGAGCCGGUAAACCCCGCUGUCACCCCUCGCCUCAUCCCAGAAAACACUCCUUAGAUUUCCACCUUCGGCCUGUAGCAAUACCUCUCAGCGAUAACAUGCACUCCAAUGUGCAUCCAAGCAGGCGCUCAUCCGCCACCAGUGGUUACCAGAUCCCCCGUCCAGCUACCACCCUACAACCGCCUCCCCCUCGCCGCCCAUCUUCUACCCCCAGUGUGGAAUCCCUAACCCAAGCAGAGCUUCACGCUUCCACCGCAACUCCUCCUCCACGCCCACCGAAACCUCCUGCAGCCCAAGGAGAAAGCUCAAAACCUGCCGCACUCCCCCGGACUGCCUCAGAGCCAGAGAGGAGGGAUGACUGUGCGGAUGGAGGAGGACAUCUGCCGAGGAGCAACACUGUCACUACACCAGGACGGAUGCAAACAAGCGGCGAGUCUUUUUACAUUCCUCGGUCUUUGUCUGAAAGAGCAAGCAUGUUUGAGUUCAGCGAGAGCUUCAACAGUUAUUUUUUUAAUAAAGGCAUGGUCCCUCUGGGUAGUGUUUGUUCUGAAGAUGAUGAUGUGGAUGAAAAUUACGUUCCCAUGAGCGCUGCCACCACUGAGCCACCGGUUGCACCCAGAGUGCCUCCACCCUCAGAUCCUUCUGCCCAGCUCCAAGAUGGCAACUACGUCCCCAUGACCCCCCUGCCAUCUUUGUUGCCCACUCACCCCACCACUGCCUCGAGUGACAUGGCAUCUCUCGGGAGGCAAGUGCCUCCACCUGCACACAUGGGUUUCCGUAACUCCCCGCUGACCCCCGUUGCUCCUCUCACUCCACCGCUCAGGAGGAGCACCGUGAACGCUGCCGCUGGAGGCGAACGAGAAGCCAUGCCCCCUCCGAUCCACCGCAACCUGAAACCACAGUGGAGAGGGGUUUGUGUCAAUCAGCCUGUGGAAAGAAAUGACAGCCAGACUGCUGCUGCGGAGCCCACAAAUAAAGCAAGAGUAAAACCAGCUCCUCUGGUCAUCUCCACAGUGCAGCAGGACUGGCAGGAAGUCCCGCCCCCCGUGCGCUCACCUGUCACCCGGACCUUCACCCGGGGAUCUUCCUGUCAUCGGACAGUCAGGCCGAGCUCUGCUCACAGCUCCUCACCAUCCUCCGAUUCUGAUGACCCAGAUGAUAACUAUGUCGCAAUGAUGACCUCCGGCCUCAGUUUCAGUGCUGGCGAGCAGUCCCUGAGACUUAUGAUGCACCGGGCUUCAGAGGGCGGAGUCAGCAGCCCUUUGCUACGACGAGCCAGAGGUGACAAACAGGUGGAGUACCUGGACCUUGACCUCCACACUGGACAAUCAACACCAACAAGACAGAAACGCAGCACUGGUGAAGGUGUAGCUGGCGGUGGCGAGCGCGCCGGAGAGGGUGAGGAGCAUGCACGAGGCCAGCGCACACGUGUGGACUACGCAGUGGUGGACCCCAAAAGGACCAAGGCCCUGAGGAACACACGAGAAGCACGGCAUGCUGGGAGGAUGUCUACAGAGAAGAAUAAAUUAUGAAAAAGGCACAACCACACACAACAAUGCUUCCUAACCUGGAAAAGAGUGAAUAGGACUAAAAUCCACCCAAUAGAUGGACCACAAGACCGACUAUGUUUCAAUCUUAGGAUCAUUAAUAUUUACAUCCUAAAACUGUUUGGCUGAUCUCUUAAACUGAGCUUAGAGCACAGAGAAACUCGGCCUACAAUCCUGGGAUAUCAGCUCAAAUCCAACUUUUGAGUAUCUUAUAGGGCACAUAUUUAAGCUGCUGCACAGCUACAAGCCACUUUGCAAGAGAUUCCACUUUUCAUGCUGUGUCUGACUUCAUCGAUGUAAAAUCUGUUGUGAUAGGUGCCGUUCUGUUCUCCACUGAGGGGCUCACCGCUGAUGGGAAGAAUCUUUUUGUUGUAAUUAAAGUGGUCCUGCCUUUGGGGAUCAUUUUAAAGUACAGAUUCAUUUCUAAAAAAUAUUUCUGGAUGAUGCACAUAAUGUCGGACCGUCAAAAUGUUACAACCAGGUGGCUUUAAAGUCUUUUUUAAUUAGACUGUGGACACUAAAAGGAGCAGAAUAUAAUUGGGGAGGAAAAAGAGAGGAAAAAAGCUUUCCAGGUAAAGGUACUUCUUAGUUAAAAUGUCUUUUUUUUUAACCUCUCCUGAAAAAAUGCCCAUGUGUAGCUUACCUCUGUUCUUCAGGGCCAUGAAGAAUAUAUUAAAGGUGACAUUUUGACUAAAAGAGUGCUUUGGAUUAGACAGCUUUUCUCUCUUUGGCAUAUUUUGCACUCUAACUUAUAUCAGGCUUUAAAUAAACAGUAAGUUACUUUGGAUUUUAUUUUGUGUGUGCGUGUGGACAUUAGACAGGGAUGAGCUGUUGGUGUUGAUGCCUUGUUGCAGCCAGUCAUACAAAGUUGAACAGAAAUAUCAGAGACUACAGAAUAAUAAGUUAUCAUAUAAAAUUUAGAGGAGUUAAAAGUAACACUCAAAAUCUGCACUUCCUGUCUUUGAUUUCCACAAUUACAACCAUGAACUGGAAAUUUCUCUUCUGCUAUUAAACCUCUAAAUUCCCAGAAAUAAAGGAUAUGACCCAAUUGCUCUUUAUGGCUGUUGUUAGCCAAAAUCUCCAAUAUAUUCUCAAACAGGCUCAUCAGUGACAGUUUAUCAACUCUUAGAAAAAAAUAUUUAAUGACCAUGUUUGGUAUGAAGAACCUGGCAUUUUGAAGUAUCUCCAUGAAAGGAUAAUGAUUCGACAGACUGUUUCUCCUUUCACAAAGGGAAGUUGGCAUUUCAGGAAAUCCCAGUUUUCUAGACUGGAAAACACGGCACGCUUUGAAUAGAAGACAAAGUAAUGUCACUGAUGCUACAUCAGCAAAAAGUAAGAUCGCCUUAUACUAAUAUUCAAAUCAGGUGACAUUAUUUCUUUCUCCUGAGCAUUUGUUGCCUCUGAAUAAUAAGAAGUGCCCCAAAGCCACAACAGCACACAACACACAACGCAUGCAACAAAAAGAAAAAAAAAAAGAAUCUGUGCAUCUUAAUUUAACAACAAGCAUCAGUUAGAUCUGCUCCUCUGAGGCGGUGAUAAAGGUGGUGGAGUGCGGAGAGAAACAGAUUUCCUUAUGACUAACAAACAAUACCUGCCCGCUGUGUUCAUCAUCCUGACGUGAAUGAUGCAUAUCUGUAAACAUGAUGGAUGUAAUCUGUUAAUGCUGAGUCAUGUGAUAACAGUAAGAAUGCAAUAAACAC